AAGUCAACAACAUCCUGGGAUUGGGACACACUUUCUGGGCACUGCUGGCCAGUCCCAAAAUGGAACAUAAGGAAGUGGUUCUUCUACUUCUCUUAUUUCUGAAAUCAGGUCAAGGAGAGCCUCUGGAUGACUAUGUGAAUACCCAGGGGUCUUCACUGUUCAGUGUCACUAAGAAGCAGCUGGGGGCAGGAAGCAGAGAAGAAUGUGCAGCAAAAUGUGAGGAGGACAAAGAAUUCACCUGCAGGGCAUUCCAAUAUCACAGUAAAGAGCAACAGUGUGUGAUAAUGGCUGAAAACAGGAAGUCCUCAAUAAUCAUCAGGAUGAGAGAUGUAGUUUUAUUUGAAAAGUAAAUGUAUCUUUCAGAGUGCAAGACUGGGAAUGGAAAGAACUACAGAGGGACGAUGUCCAAAACAAAAAAUGGCAUCACCUGUCAAAAAUGGAGUUCCACUUCUCCCCGCAGACCUAGGUAAGACUUUCCCUUUCAUCUUUGUGUUCAUCUACUGUAAAGUUGUCCCUCUGUGUCUGUGAGGGAUUGGUUCCAGGACCCCUGUGGCUACCAAAAUCCAUGCUUCUCAAGUCCCUUAUGUAAAAUGGUGCAGUAUUUGCAUAUAACCUACAUACCUUCUCUUGUGCAAUCCCUAAUAUAAUGUAAAUGCUAUGUAAUCAUUGUUAUGCUGUAUUGUUUUUAUUUGUAUUAUGUUUUAUUGUCAUAUUUUUAUUUUCUCUCAUCUUUUUCAAGUCUUUUCCAUCCACAGUUGGUUGAAUUUGUGGAUGUGGAACCCAUGGAUACAGAGGGCCAACUGUAUUUAGGAUAAUUUCAUCACUUUUAAUUCAAACCAGAAUAUGUGAAUAAGCAGACAGAAAGAAUCUUUUUGAUGUCGAUGUUCAACUAUUUUUGGCACCAUAGUAGAACAUGGUUGCUUUCUAUUUUUUCUUGCGUAUGGAGGUUUCUUGAAGACCUAGAACAUAGAAGAAUGCCUAGUUAAAAAAAAAAAAAUCAAUGAAACUACGAGUUUUAGGCCAAAUCUGAGAAAAGACCACAGAUGACUAUGUUUGGGACUGAAGUAAACAUAUCAAGUUAGAACUCUCAUCACAUGUUUGACUCAAAUUGUGGAGCAAAAUAGUAAAUAAAAUAUAAAAAUGAAAAUGAAGAUACGUGAAAUUCAAA